AUGGAAGUGGCGAUCGAACCCAGUAAAGGCGCUAGACAGUGGCCAGCUGGAAUGGCACCCAUCAAAUCAGAGUACCUGACAGGGGACCCCUUUACCACCCAGCGUGAAGUACCGGAUGAUGACGCUGCGGAGGGAAAAACAAGCAAUUUGCCAAAGAAAAGGGCUGCCGAGGAAUCUACAGGCACUGAUCACAAUGUGGAGCCUAUCUUAGUGCAAAGCAACCAAACCCCUGGAGAAGGUGAAGAGCCAGAUGCAAGAGAUGGGGAGCCUGCAGCAAAAAAACAGCGGAUGCCGGUAUCAGAGAGGAGGCAACUCGCUAAGGAGAAAAGAAAAGAGCAAAAGGGGUCCAACAAGGCGAGGAAAUUUGCUCGAGUACAAGACCAAGUGGCGCUUUGCCACGGUGCCUCGCGUGGAGAAGGAUGUAUUGACGGAGAGGGAUGUCGAUUUUCGCAUGAUAUUGCUCGUUAUUUGUCAACCAAGCCAACCGACCUGGCCUUUCCUUCAAAAGACUUAUUAACCAGCCAACCGUUCGUCUCACUGCCGGAGAACCAAGCUCUGUCGGAAUCCCACCCAAGCAUUAAUAAAGCCUCAGCGUGCCCGAAUUUCGCUUGUUCAGGCAAAUGCCAAUCUGGAUUCAAAUGCCGCUAUCUCGGCUCACAUGUCGAACUCCAAGAAUCGGAAACUGGCAAUAUAUUCAAACUUAUCAAAGAUGAGGAGAAGUACGAAAAGAUGAAGAGCAAUAGUUUGGAAUUCAAUUUUCCUUCGUCUGGAUUACAGAAGGUUCUGAGGACACACAAAUAUCCGUUCCCUAUCUCGGACGCUUACGUCGCUGAACUCUCUUUACUAAUGAACGAAAAUAAAAGCGGACAAGUUAUAGAACCGCCUCUUGAACCGCACCAAAAGACCGAGGGCGUCGAUCCCGAAGCACAAAAUGACACUCCUGACGUACCGUUACGUGCCAGCGAGAAGAAGCGUUUACGGUGGCAGGGAAUGAGCUACCUUGCGCCUUUGACCACCGUAGGAAAUCUGCCUUUCCGCCGAUUAUGCGCUGGGUUUGGUGCCCAGAUUACUUGCUCCGAGAUGGCUCUGUCUCAGUCGCUGCUGCAAUGGGCCAAUUCGGAGUGGAGCUUGGUUAGGCGUCACCCUAGCGAAAAGAUAUUUGGCGUCCAGAUUGCGGGUAGCAAAAUUCCCCAACUUGUUCGUGCUGCCGAGCUUUUGGCCAAUGAAUUCGGACCAAAAAGCGGAAGAGAACGAGCUCAGAUAGAUUUUGUCGACGUGAAUUGUGGAUGCCCUAUCGACAUGGUGUUCAAGAGCGGCGCUGGAUCCGCACUGCUCGAUAAUCACAACAAAUUGGGGAGGAUAUUGAUUGGCAUGUCGCGCACGUUGGGCGAGGUGCCGUUAACAAUCAAAGUGCGAACCGGGAUCAAAGAUGGGCGCAAUACUUCUCACAAGUUGAUGCCACGGCUGGCCCGCUGGGGUGUCAAUGCGUUUACAAUCCAUGGGAGGACCCGACAGCAGCGCUACACCAAAUUUGCUGAUUGGGACUACAUCAAAGAGUGUGUGGAAACACUAAGAACUAGUACAGAAGACGAAGAUUUGCCAACGAUUCCUGUCUUUGGUGGUGGUGACGUAUAUUCGGCAGAACAAUACUGGGCGAACGUGGAACAAACCGGCGUCGACGGUAUAAUGGUUGGGCGUGGAGCCUUGAUCAAGCCUUGGAUAUUCACGGAAAUCGCCGAGCGCCGGGAAUGGGAUAUCAGUUCAAGGGAACGGUUAGAUAUGAUUCGCCAAUAUGCCGAAUAUGGCUUAAAUCACUGGGGUUCAGAUACCGUGGGCGUGAACAACACCCGCCGCUUUUUAUGCGAGGCGCUUUCAUUCACGUAUCGCUACAUACCAAUUGGGCUGUUAGAGCGAUUACCAGGGAAAAUCAACGAACGCCCACCUGCGUAUCGUGGCCGAGAUGAGUUAGGCGAGUGGUGCCAAGUCGCCCAGUGCCUUCUAGCUAGUAACAAAAGCAGUGACUGGGUGCGGAUCAGUGAGAUGUUCCUGGGACCUGCGCCCGAAGGGUGGACGUUCACUCCGAAGCAUAAGAGCAACGCUCAAGGGAGCGAAGAAGGGAAUGGUUGA